CGAAAAUUAUAACAAAUCAUAAAAUUCUUAAUUUCUUUUCUAGAAAUAUCUCCAGCUAUUAAAAUGCGCGCCAUCGCUUUCUUAGCCUUCAUCGGCAUGGCUUUUGCCAUGACCCCAAUCGUACGUGACCAACGUGCUUUUGAAGAAACCAUCAUUAAUUUCUUGGAAUGCUUACGUGGAGAAAUGCAAACAGGUUGGCCAGAUUUCGGAAUCCCCUCCUUGGACCCAUUGGAAUCUGCCGAAAAAACUCUUGAAUUAGGCAAUUUGGGUAUUGAAGGUAUCAGCGGAACUUUGACCGUCAAAAACUUAGUCUUCGCUGGAUUAGCUGACUUCGUUUAUGAAAACCUCGAAGGUAGCAUUCAACUCCUUCCUCCAGGUCUCACUGUUAACUUAGAUCUCAUCUUCCCCAACCCAACCUUAACCACCGAAUACAGCGGUAAUGUUCAAUUGGCUGAAGUCGGUAUCGAUACCUUCGGAACUGGCACCUUAGAUUUCGACGCCAACAACUUCAAAGCCAACAUUGGUUUACAAGCUACUUUAUUGGGUCGUAUUGGUUUGAAAUACCUCGAUGUUUACGUUUCCAUGGAGCCAUUAACUAGCUUUGCAAUCACUGGUCUUCGUGACGAUGAAGAAUUCAGCGCUGAAUUCUCUGCUGAUAUGCUCGCUAACGGUGUUGACAAAAUUGCUGAAUUGAGUCCAAAACUCCACGAUGUAAUCUCUGAUGUUGCCAUGGAUUUGAUCAACAAUGGAGGUGAUGGUGGUGAAGAUUCUGGUUUCAUUUCCGGAUUGAUCGACAGAUGCUUGUCUUUAGGUCGUCGUGUAUAAAUAUGUACCAUUUCAUAUUGUUAUAAAUAAAAGUUAAAUAGUAAAAUUAA